AUGGAAGCCAAUCAACCCCCAUCUACCGACUCCUCACAGCAUAAUUCUAUCGUCCUCAAGAUUGUCCACUGGGACAAGCUGUUUGAAUCCGACAGCCCUCCACGGUUAGGCAUUGAGUUCGGCAAGCGGUUACCGUAUGCUACCAUGUCCGCUUUUUCAACUGGGCUAGCACUAGGAUACUACCACGGUAGCAAAAAGGCAGGGCUUGUGUUCAGGGCUGAGAAUGCGCAUCGUUUCCCCACAACAUCAACAGGGUGGUUCCAGUACCAUAAAACGAAAAACUAUAUUGGUGUGGUUGGAGGCGUUAAGGAUGGCAUGAAGAUGGGAUUCAAGCUCGGUGCUGGCGCACUUGCCUUCUGUCUGUUCGAGGAGACAGUGGACUAUGCUCGGCAUGACGAGAGAGACUUUUUAUCGACAGUUACUGCUGGGCUGUCAUUCUCUGGAAUAUACAGCUUGCUUGCUCGUCACGAUGUUUACACUGCCGCCCGCACAGCGAAGCUUGGGUUGAAAUUGAGCUUGACCUAUGGUCUUUUGCAAGAUGCCCUUGAGACCUUGAAAGGAAACCGUCCUGGCUAUGUUGAUUUUUUCCUCGGUAACCGUCGGUCUAAGGUCAAAAAAGAAGGAUCAAUCUGA